AUGUUGGUCGCAUCCAGUAGAGCAUAUCGCUAUUCGAAGGAGUAUCAACACUUGCAUUACUACGUUUACUCGUACAUCUACUACUUUGAGGUGUAUUUUUCGGAAUACAUUACUUCCAGAAGAUUCCACAAAGAGGUGAAAGGUAACGUGAUUAAAAAAAAUUACGUAAUCCAAGAAUUCCAAGAUUACUUGGUAGUUAUUAAGUCUGCAGCUGAUGAAGCGCGGUGCGUGGGUAGAUACUCUGUUGCUACGCAUAGGGCUGAACUAUUAGGAUAA